AUGCCGAAGCAAUACGAGAAAUCAGCUGUUCUCCGGGCUGGCCUUAUCAUCAAGGACGUCGGCGAGAUACCAAAGUUCAAAGGAGACUCUGUCUCUCGCCUUAGGCGCCACGACCCCCAGCACCCACACGCUCUCAGGCCCCGCCCACAAGUCUCUCCUGGUGGCGACGGCGUCCUUGGCGCCAUCCACCGCCACCUCAUAUGA